GUUUGUGGUUUUCUGUAAAUGACUUGAUGUUGGUAAUUAGUGAGUCUAAAGCCGCGCUCAGUGAGAGAGCUCUGGCGUGUGGGCUGGCUCGAACGUCACUGUGCGACUGGGAAGCGUGUGUCAUUAACAAAGGCUGCAUUUCCUCUCGAAAUGUGUUGCCUUUAGCGCCUUUUUAAGCAGUUUUCAGCCUCUUCAGCUUCGGACACCUCGUGGGAGGAUGUAACCGAGUUUUCCUUAUCGCGUUCGAGCUCCAAAUUCAAUCUUUCUCACUUUCCGUUUCCCUCCUUUUUUGAAAGUCUAGGACACCCAGCAGCGGCAUCAACAGCAAAGACGCCGAGAUAAAGAAAGAUGCCCCUUCUCCACAAAAAGCCCUUCGUCAGACAGAAACCUCCUGCUGAUCUCAAGCCAGACGAAGAAGUUUUCCUCUGUAAAGUCACUCACGAGAUCUUCAGGACGUACGAUGAAUUCUUUGAGAGGACCAUCCUCUGUAACAGUCUGGUGUGGAGCUGUGCAGUGACAGGCAAACCUGGUCUAACCUACCAGGAGGCCUUGGAAAGUGAAAAGAAGGCCAAGCUAAAUCUGCAGAGCUUUCCCAAAGCUUUACUCCUGCCUCUCUUGCACCUGACCGCCCUCACCCAGCGCACACGGCUGCAUGAGGUAUGCGACGACGUCUGUGCUUUCAUCAAAGAGCGCUUCUUUCCCGGGGAAAUGGUCGACAUCGUAAGUCGCUCUGGUGCAAGACAGCACUGCCAGAUCUUAGAGGUCAUUCCUCCCCAUUCCAACGGGACAGUUAACGGCAAUGUCAAACACCGUAUAGAGGGAGACUCCAUCGUCAUCAGUGACAGUGAUGAUGAGAUUACGGUCACUUCACCCAUGUCCCCCAAAACAACACCCAGUGGCAGGAAGCGGAAGGCCAUCAACCCAUCCAUGUUUAAGUAUAAGGUUCAGCUUGUCAGUCCAGAGGGUAGUGAGCCCAUGCUUGUGAAAUCAUCUCAGAUUGUUCGAAAGAAGAACGUGUUCACGCGAGACAGACUGAAACUGCUCCUCAAACAACAUUGUGAACCAGUGAAUGGGACCAUCAGACUCAAACCAUCAACUGUUGCAACAUACAAACUAUCAGAACAAAGUUUCUCCCACUUCUUUCCGGAUGAAGCCCCAGUUUUUGUCUUUAGUCCUCCUGGAAGGGGCAGAGGUCGCCCCUCUGGUGAUGCGUCUCCUGGGCAGGGUGCAGUGCGAGCUGCAGAAGAAAAACUGAAACUAAUGCAACAAAAAGAAGAAAUGAUGGCAGUGGCACAUGAAAAGGCAAAAAUGAAAAGAGAGAGAGAAGAUUUGUUGGAAGCUAAGAGGAAGGAGAAGGAGGACAAAGAAAGAAGGAAAGAGGAGAUCAAGAGAAUGAUCGAGGAAGAAAAACAGAAAAGGAAAGAGGAGAAAGAACGAAUGAAGGUUGAGAAAGAGCGGGAGCGAGAAAAGUUAAAGGAGGAGAAGAAGAAAUAUGCUGAACGGCUGAAGUUGUGGAGUAAACCCCGAGAGGACAUGGAGUGUGAUGACCUCAAGGAGCUUCCAACACCAAUGCCAGUGAAGACACGUUUGCCUCCAGAGCUGUUUGGAGAUGCAUUGAUGGUGCUGGAGUUUCUGAAGGCAUUUGGAGAGCUCUUCGAUCUGAAGGAUGAAUUUCCUGACGGCAUUACGCUAGAGGUUCUAGAGGAGGCUCUCGUGGGCUGUGAUCCUGAAGGGCCACUAUGUGAGCUGCUGUUCUUUUUCCUGUCAGCCAUUUUCCAGGCCCAGGAUGAGGAGCAGGAGGAGGUGGCAAAAGAGCAAGUGGCUGAGGCUGAUGCAAAAGAUCUGAGUGAGGCUCUGGAUGAUGACACCGACCCCACACAGUCUGCAAUCAGUGCUGUGGCCUCACUGGCUGCUGCCUGGCCUCAGCUCCAUCAAGGCUGCAGUCUGAAACAACUGGAUCUGGACAGCUGUACUCUCUCUGAGAUCCUGAGGCUGCACGUCUUGGCAUCGGGGGCAGAGUGUAACUACACCAACGCAAAAUUCCGCUACCAGAAACAAGGGGGCUUUGGCUCGACUGAUGACCCAUGCGUGGAGCUGCGCCUCUCUACCCCCAGCCUGCUCAAGAAGCUGUCCUGCACUGCUGUUUAUGACCUGCUGCCUGGUGAGAAGCUGAAGCUCCUGCACGCUCUGUGCGGGAAGCUGCUGACUCUGAUCUCCACUCGAGACUUCAUUGAGGAUUGUGCUGAUGAGCAACGAGCUGCCAAGAUGGAGCUCCGUGAACUCAAAGCUGAACAGCACCGCAGAGAGAGAGAGGAAGCUGCUAACAGAGUUCGUAAAAGAAAGGAGGAAAAGCUGAGAGAGCAGGAACAGAAACUUAAAGAGAAACAUGAAAAACUUAAAGAAGAGGAACUGAGAAAUGGCACACAUGCAGCAGGAGAUGAGAUGGACACUAGUACAGAGAGCCAGGAAGGCCAUGCAGACCAGACAGAGGAUGAAGGGGAGCAUAUACAGCAUAGCAAAUCUAAAAAAGCGAAUGGCAGCACUCCAAAAGGGAAGCAGGCAAGUGAGGAAGAGCUGAAGAAUGGCCCCAGCCCAGAGGAGCUACAGCAACAGCAACUGAAGGAGAAGGAGCUAUUAGAGCGCAUCCACAAAGCUGCAGCGUGCACAUAUAUUCUGCCACUGGGCCGUGACCGACUUUACCGCCGUUACUGGCUCUUCCCCUCAGCUGGAGCACUUUUUGUGGAGGAUGACUUUUUUGGCCUGACUGAGGACAUGCUGGAGCCUCGUCCUGUCCCUGAACCUAAAACAGAAGAUCUCUCUGCCCAGAGUCCUGUAAAGACUGAAGAACUGGCAGAAGGGCACCAGAGGAGCACUUUAGUCCCAGUGAACCGACCCAAUCAGUGGGCCUUUUAUAGCACAUUUGCUGAGCUGGAGCAGCUGAUUGAGGCACUGAAUCCACGAGGACACCGGGAAAGCUCGCUCAAAGAGACUCUAGUGCAGGAGAAGGAGCGCAUCAAUCAGCUCCUCAGCAGUACUGCUGCAGAACGCUACCACCACUCAGAUAAAGCACUGUCAGAGACUAAAGGGAGUACUGUGAAGGUUAAGAGUGGCUCCACUCCACUGGAAAGCACUGCACCUGCUGAGCGCCACAUGGAGAGUCGUCUCAGGGAUCUGCUGCUGGACAUUGAGGACCGUAUCUAUCAGGGAACUCUGGGUUCAGUAAAGGGGAUGGAAAGAGGCGCAUGGAGAGCAGCACUGGAAAGUGGAAACUAUGAACUACUGGUUUCUGAGGGCAAGGAGAACUUGGUACUCAAUGGUGAGGAGGAGGCCAUGGAGAUAGAGGAGAACCAUAUCAGAGUCAAAGACAGAUUGCAGGAGUUAAAGAGCGAGAGCCAGAGUGCAGCAUCUACCAGUGCUAGCACUCCUCAGCCUGUAAACAACAAUGUGCACUACCUUGCACGGGCCCUCGCUCAGAUAGAGCAGGGUAUUGAGCGAAAAUUCCUUAAAGCUCCACUGGGUGAUGAGGAAAGCAAAAAAGACCAAAAAACAAAGAAAAAAGAGAAGAAGAAAGAUGAUGACCAGUCCAGUGAGAAGGAUGAUGGAAGUGAAUGUGGGCGACAGGUGAAGACAGUGCUGGAGCGCUGGAGGGAAUCUCUUCUGACCUGCUCCAGCCUCUCACAGAUUUUCCUGCAUCUGUCUACACUGGAGCGCAGUGUGCUUUGGGCCAAGUCCAUCCUGAACGCCCGCUGUAAAGUAUGCCGCAGGAAGGGAGACAGCGAGAACAUGCUGCUGUGUGACGGCUGUGACCGAGGCCAUCACAUCUACUGCGUGCGCCCAAAGCUGAAGGCUGUUCCCAGUGAAGACUGGUUCUGCCCAGAGUGCCGUCCCAAACAACGCUCUCACCGCAUAAACUCUCGUCAGCGCUCCUCCAUCGACUCUGAGGAGGAACUGGAAGAAGAGGAGUCUGAGGAAGAGGUAGAAGAGUCUGAGGAGGAGGAGGAGGAGGAGGAGGAAGAGUUUGAAGAUGAGGAGGAGGAGGAGGUGGAAGAGAAAGAAAGUGGCUCCAAGAAGGCUGCUGUGAAGCUUCCUCUACAGACUUCUAAAGGUGGCCGGUUGAGCAGUAGAUCCAGACAAGCUGAAUCAAAUCAUUCCGCACCACAGAGUCAGCAGAACACACCCAAACAGAGCAAUCCCUCUGUUAAAGGAGGCUCUAAAAGCACAGGGAAGAAAGCCACUCGAGUGUCCAGUGGCAGGCCCCCUCCUCGGGCAGGAAGCCGCUCCAGUGCCCGUCUCAGCUUGGAGGUGCUGAACACUAACGGCACCUCAACUAAAAGCAGCCCUCAGCAGAGUCCUGCUGCAGCUCACACAGAGUCCAGGAAAAGAGCCAGCACAGCAGAGGUCUCCCCUAAAAAUAAGAUGUCCUUAGCCCCAAGCAGAUCUUCCUCUAGCCGCCGCUGCUCUGGGAGAAAUCUUGGCGUUCAUGAGCUGUCAGUGUGUGAACAGCUCACCGUGGAUUUAGUUAGACAUGAGGACAGCUGGCCCUUCAUGAAACUGGUGUCUAGAACUCAGGUACCCGAUUACUAUGACAUCAUCAAAAAACCUAUUGCUUUGAGUAUCAUCAGAGAAAAGGUGAACAACUGUGAAUACCAAACUGCAUCGGAGUAUGUAGAUGAUGUGGAGCUGAUGUUUUCCAACUGCCUUGAGUAUAACCCUCGUAACACCACUGAGGCCAAGGCUGGCAUCAGGCUUCAAGCUUUCUUCCACUCUGAGCUACAGAGACUCGGCCUGGCUGAGCGAACGAGCCCUCCACAGAAACGAUCCAGAAUGUAAACCAGACUUCUUUCACUGGAACAUCAUGCACAUAACGGUCUUUAGACAAACAAGAGACUCCACGUAAGAUUUGGAAGAACUUAUGGGGUGAUGCAAGUAGGCAUUUUGGAUUGGCCUAAUGUGUUGCAGGACAAACCUGCACUGUGAAAAAAAUAUUUGCACUGUUUGAAAUGUCCUAGGGGCAAAAAAAAAAAAAACUUUCCAAAUGGUGCAUUUGUAUUUUAUAACUUGACUGCAUUUCUAGACUACUGUGUAUAGCUGUUUCAUAACAUGUUUCACAUUCGUUGUCAAACUAAUUGUUGCAACUUCAAGGAAAAAAUAGCAUUUCUGUUUUGUUGUAGUUGUGAAUAGUAAAAUAAAUAUUUGUUUCAGUAAGUUCCCUGUAGCUUGGUUAAACACUACAUAGGGACCAAGACCUGCUUCUUUAUUCCUGUUAUGCUGUCCACAAUAUUUAUUUUAGUUUGGGGUAUCCUUUGAAUUUACUUUAUUUAUGAAUAUUGUUUUGUUUUUAUAGCUUAUUUUUGUGUAUUGUUUUUUGUAAAUUACUACCAGAGUUGGUCUCCAAACAGUAGAAACCCGGGUAAAUGGCUGUUUUCCUCUCUCAGAUUGUUAUUUUCCUAGCUGUUCUGUACAUUUUCUAAAGUAUAAAUAAAUUGCCUUUGUAAA